GGAGCCGCAGAGACGGAGAGACGGAGGUCGAGCUGUAGCUGCAGAGGAAGGAAGGAAGGGAGAAGGAACCCUGGAUCACUGUUUGGAUUAUUACCGAGACAUGGACUUCAGCGGCGGUGGAGGAGGCGGCGGGGGGGGCGAGCUGCACAACAACAACCAGUUCUACCCGUGCGAGGAGAGCAAGCCCCUGCUGGGGGAGAUGUCUGAGGUGGGGGGCCGGCCGGCGGCCCCCGCGGGGGGGCCGUGCAGCAGGCGCGCCCUGCCGCUGCUGCACCCCUGCGGCGGCAGCGGCAUGCGCUACAAGCUGCUGCACGAGGGCGACAUCCAGGUGUGCGUCCUCAAGCACCCGCGCACCUUCCUCAGCAAGCUGCUCACCGCCAAGUUCCUGCGCCGCUGGGAGCCGCACCACCUCGCGCUCACGGACGGCAGCCUGACCUCGGCCACGCCCACUGGCUACAUGGAGACGUCACUGUCCUACAGCUCCAUAGAGGACCUGCAGCUCCUCUCGUGGGACAACGCCCCCAAAUACUGUGUCCAGCUCAGCUUUCCCGGCGGCACCGUCCUGCUGCAGGCUGCAAACAGCUACCUAAGGGAUCAGUGGUUUCACUCCCUGCAGUGGAAGAAAAAGAUCUACAAGUACCGUAAGGUCCUGAACAACCCGAGUCGCUGGGACGUGGUGCUGAAGGAGAUCCGAGCGCUGGUGGACAUGGCUCUGAGCUCGCCGCUCCAGGACGAGUCCAUCCACCAGGCCCCGCUGCACAUCAUCUCCACCCUGCUGGCAGAGAAUUCAAACCUCAGCCCUCAGGAUCAUGAAAACAUCAUCGUGGCCAUCGCUCCUCUCCUGGAAAACAACCACCCGCCGCCCGACCUGUGCGAGUUCUUCUGUAAGCACUGUCGGGAGCGGCCGCGCUCCAUGGUCGUCAUCGAAGUGUUCACCCCUGUGGUCCAGAGGAUCCUCAAGCACAACAUGGAUUUUGGGAAGUGUCCUCGACUGCGUCUCUUCACUCAGGAGUACAUUCUUGCUCUGAACGAGCUGAACGGCGGGAUGGAAGUCGUUAAGAAGUUUGUGCACAGCAUGCACGGUCCAACAGGCCAGUGCCCUCACCCACGUGUCCUGCCAAAUCUGGUAGCGGUGUGUCUGGCAGCCAUCUAUUCCUGUUAUGAGGAGUUCAUCAACAGCCGAGACAACUCUCCCAGCCUGAAGGAGAUCAGGAACGGCUGCCAGCAGCUGAACGAGCGUAAGCCUCCGAUGCCGCUGCGCCUGCUGCGGCCGGAGCCUCCGACGCCGCCCCCCUCCUCCCUGCCGCCCCUCCCCACCAGCCCCAGCCCGGCUCAGCCUCCGCAGCCCGUCCCGGCCAACCCCCCCGCGCCGUCCAUCCCCAUCUCCCUCCCUCUCUCCCCUCCUCCCUCCAUCGUCAACUCCAGCGAGAUCCUGGUGGAGCUGGAGCGGAACAACAACUCGGCCAACGCCAAGCGGAAAGCGGGGCCGGGCCGGGGGGACAGCGAGCCCAACCUCAUCGACUGCCUGCUGGUCAGCCCGGCCGUCAACCCUCUGUCCAUCCAGCUGCCGGCGCAGGCCGACCGAGUCCUGGGCUGCUUCGCCCACAUCCUCAAGAUGCUGUCAGACUACGAUGACUGGAGACCUGCUCUGGCCAGCCUGCUGCAGCCCAUCCCCUUUCCUAAAGAAGCUCUGGCACACGCCAAAUUUACAAAGGAGCUGAAAUAUGUCAUUCAGAGGUUUGCAGAGGACCCGAGGCAGGAGGUUCACUCCUGCCUGCUCAGCGUACGCUCAGGUAAAGACGGCUGGUUCCAGCUCUACAGUCCCGGGGGCGUGGCCUGCGAUGACGACGGGGAGCUGUUUGCCAGCAUGGUUCAUAUCUUAAUGGGCUCCUGCUAUAAGACCAAGAAGUUCCUCCUGUCCCUGGCCGAGAACAAGCUGGGCCCCUGCAUGCUGCUGGCCCUGCGAGGAAACCAGACCAUGGUGGAGAUCCUGUGUCUGAUGCUGGAGUACAACAUCAUUGAGAACAAAGACACCCAGCUGCAGAUCAUCUCCACCCUGGAGAGCACCCAGGUGGGCUUCAGCAUGUACGAGCAGCUCUGCGACCGGCAGCGGGAGCUCAAAGAGCUGCAAAGAAAAGGAGGCCCCACCCGCCUGACGCUGCCCUCCAAGUCCACGGAUGCAGAUCUGGCCCGCCUGCUGAGCUCAGGCUCGUUUGGGAACUUGGAGAACCUGAGCCUGGCGUUCACCAACGUGACCAGUGCCUGCGCCGAGCAGCUCAUCAAGCUGCCUUCCCUCAAGCAGCUCAACCUCUGGUCCACACAGUUCGGGGAUGCAGGACUGAGGUUGCUGUCCGAGCAUCUGGCCUGUCUUCAGGUUCUGAACCUGUGUGAGACGCCAGUCACUGAUGCGGGCCUGCUGGCUCUAAGCUCCAUGAAGAGUCUUUGCAGCCUAAAUAUGAACAGCACCAAGCUCACGGCCGACACGUAUGAGGACCUCAAGGCCAAACUGCCCAACCUGAAAGAGGUGGAUGUUCGGUACACAGAGGCCUGGUGAUGGUCCAGGGGUUCCUCCCCCAACAUAAACACGACCGGAGACACACACACACACACACACACACACACACACACACACACACACACACACACACACACACGCACACGCACAAAAACUGCAUAGUGAUGUCACCGCCAUCAGCGCCAUGGAUAGGCCAGGAGUUUGGACAUCAUACCACUUUGAGGAUAACUUCAUGCCACACUUGAUACUGGAGGAGGAGCUUCCAUCGGCUCCACCGUCACCAAGAUGAUGUCAAGUUGACGCUACUUUUACAGACAUCGUUAUUCCUCUUAUUCCUCCCCCCCGGAGGAACUUUUUUGUUUGUUUUUAACAUCAGAGGACAGAAAGGACCUGUGAUACUCUGACUGUACCGGAUCCCCCCCCCCCACCUUCUUUAUCCUUCAUCAUGUCUUUCAUACAUGGUCUUGCAGUUUUCAUAUUUUGACUAAACCUGACAUUUCAGACCGACCCCCCCCCUCCUCACAUUGCUGUUUGUGGGCAGCAUAAGGAAAAUCCUCCGGAACCAUCCUGUGUUUCUGUUCUCGUGUGUGAAAGACUCCCAUUCUGGAUCCACCAUGUAGCCCUCUGAGUGGACGUGCUGAAGUGUUAGCAAGUCCUCUCUUUCGUGUCCUUCGGCUUCAUUUUUCCGGGUUCCAGCCUUUUUCAAGCACAUCGCUGGGGAACAUGAAGAAGACUUGUGCCUACUCCUGAAAUACAAGCCCCCCCACCCAGAAAAAGGAAAAAAGAGACAAGUUUUUACCGACUUGAAUGAACAUAUUUUUCCUGAUAGCCAUGCUUUCAUAUGAUGUGUGUUUCUAUAUAAAACAUUAGAUAACCCCCCAGUGAUGAGAAUGUGGGAGCUCUGCUGGAAAACUUUUUUUUUUUUUUUUCCUUCUUCAAUUUAAAGAAUUACUAUUAUUUUUAUUAUUUUUUUUGCUUUCAGUGUAUAUACUGAUUUCUCCCAGCACUAUUUAAUUGGACACUUGUGUAGCAUAGCUGGGUGGUCUGGGACUGCCUCGUAUUUAUGAGUUGUCUUUAAAGCCACUUUUGUCCUGGAUUUUGUCCUGAUAGUAAUAAAGGCCAAAGGUCUUGCCGGGCUUUUUUUUUAUUUUAUUAUUAUUAUUAUUAUUACUAUUAUUAUUAUUUGGACGCCAACACAGAGUACAGCCACAUGGGGCUGUAUCUCUCCGUACAACGCCAUGGCGGUAACCUUUUACGUGGACCUUUGAACCGGACCCAUCACCAGCUGAGAGUUGUAUAUUUUCAUAUCUGCUACUUAGUUGGCUCUGCAGUUUUGAAACAGAGAGAAGACACUUGCCAAACAUCCUCCCCGACUUCAGUUGUUUUCGUGCACUUGUUUCACGUGGCCAACUUCCGUGUGGUUUCAGUCCGAACUGGUGGAUAAACUUUCUCCCACCCCCGACCCCCCCGGGGGGUCCCGGCUGGAGCUCGCAGCACCACAAGUGGACAAGCCAUCUUUUAACCCAUCGCACCGCCUGUUUUGAGAAGUUCUGCUGUAUUUAUAUACGACACCAUAAAGCGUGGGUGGCAUUUUUAAGCUUUCAUAAUUCUCAUCAGCGGAUGGGACAGGAUUAAUGUACAUAUUCAGUCUCCAUGAGUUGGAAGGGAUGAACAUUUGGAAGACGCCUAUUUGCUACAUUCCCCUCGAAAUGUUGCCCGGUUUCUCGGCAACGUGAUGUGGUAACUGCCCUGAUUCACUACGAGUCUGUCCACGUAAGAGUUGGGGGGGAGUCUUGUCUGACUGCAUCCAUCUAACUUAUUGUUGUCAUCCUGGAGAAAGCUUCGUUGAACAGGACCAGGCUGCCGUCCAUCCACAGGAUACUUUGCUUCCUAUUUAUUAGGUGCCAUUGCGGUUUUUUGUUCAGCCUGUAGACUCAGCCAUCUUCGAGCCCAUCGUCAUGACAUCAUGCUAUUUCAUAUCCUGUGUGAUGUAUAUAUAUAUACACAAGUGUAUAUAGUUGUCCUCUACUUUCCUUUCUUUUUGAAUACUCCCUCCUUUUUCUUCUAAUCGGUCCCUUUUUCUGUAUUUCUCUCAGCCUCCCUUUUUAUCGGCGGGCUGGUGUUGCCUUCAUCUUCAUAUGUGGGGUUGUUUUAUUUUUCACACAAAGUGCACUGCAAUUUAUAAUGUUUUCAAUUCAUAUUAUCUUAGUUUCCGAAGUUUCUUUGAUUUGAUCACUUUAAUCAAGGACUUGUUUCAUGUGUUACGUUGUUGUCUUUUUUUUUGUUGCACAUAUAUGUUGUUGUCAUCUGUUUUCAUUUUGUAAUUUUUAUUUUUUUAAAAAAGGUUUGAAAUAUGAUAAAGGGUUUGAUUGCAUUUUUAACCAGGUUAAGGACUGAAAUGGAGAGAUGCAAUGUUUCUUAGGCGGAUUUACCAACUGACCCGUUCUCCAGGGCUCAGACACUGAUUUUCUAAGAAGCCAGUCACUCGGCACCUUUGAACUGUAGCUGAGACUUAUUCAUUUAAGUGUUGUCAUUUUUACAUGUGUGUGUGUGUGUGUGUGUGUGUGUGUUUGUGUGUGUGUAUAUAUAUAUGUAUAUAUAUAUA